ACACCACAAUUACAGCAACAACAUGUACAGCUGCAACAACAUCAACAUCAACAACUAUUGCGGCAACAAUUUCUACAACAGCAGCAGCAGCAGCAGCAACAACUACAGCGUCCGCAACAGUUCUACGGCGCAAAUUACUUUAUGCAACAGCCAAAGCCGCAAGCGCACAUGCUAAGGGCGCCAACCAACAACUAUCACAGCUAUCAUCAACCGCUGAAUUACAAAAACAAGCAACACUACAACAACAAUAACAUUUAUGCAACCGCAACAACCGAUGAAGGCGGCGAUGGUGAUGUAAGGGAUGGCCAUGGUGACGAUGACGACGGCGGCGACGACGAAGACGACAUUGACACUGACGAUGAUGUAGCAUUGUUUUUCUCCAGUCGCCCCACAUUGAGCGCUUCCACACCGUCGUCCUCCUUCUCCGCAUUUUCGCCACCCACAAGUACUGCCUAUCACAGCGCUAAUGACUAUGAGGAUGCCGUGGAUGAUGAGGACCAGCAAUUCGGUUACAAUAGCAACAGCAACACAAAAUACAAAAGCAACUACUUCCUAGGCGGCGGCGGUAUUGGCAUUGAUGGUGUUGAUGCUGACGAUGCAAAUGAAGGUGUAAAUCCGGUUAGUUAUCAGCAUUCGACGACGGCCUAUGGAGCAUACGCGGCCAGUGCAUCGACACCAGCCACAGUGACACAUCUCAAAUUACGUCCAUAUCGACAGUUGCAACAACAACAGCAGCACAAGCAUAAGCAGCCGUUCGGCUUUUCAGGUCAUCAACAAUCUACGCAUCACCCGAACCCCCCCUACCACCAUCAACAGCAGCAGCUCAUCACAACAGCACAACCAAUUAACGUCGUUGGUCCCACGGCAAGUGACUUUAAUGAACAUCACCCGGCGCCACCGCCACCGGUAGCUAUGCAGCAGCAGCAUCACAAAUACCCGGUGUCACCAAGGUACAAGAAACGCAAAAACCGCAUCAAAGGGAAGCCAAAUCGAAAUCGCAUUCCGGCGCAAUAAUUGCUUUUGCUUCGAUGAGCGCCUAGCUGACCGAAAAGCCGCCCGCCCGCCUGCCAACGGCUCAGCUGCUGCACUUGACCGGUUGCAUAACUCUGGCUAAGCAAUGUUCCACUUUCCGCCUGCCCGCCUCCCCGGCUCACCCUUCUCAAUCGAGUUCCAUGUUUCCGCUAAUCCGAUCUCUUGGGAAUCUUGCAUCGUUUUCGAGUACUAACUGUUGUUAUUGCUGUUGUGCAAGAGUAAUUGCAAAUACUUGUGCAAUAGUUCCCAUGUCACCUAGUAGCAGCCUGCAAUUGUAUAUAGAAUUUAUCUAUCCAUGUAAGUGUGUUUGAGAAUUAGAAGAGGCAGCACCAGCAGCACAGAUUUGAAAUUGGUUUGGGUAUAGCAGCUAUAAAAUCAGGUUAAGUGGCUUUACGAGCAGUCAGUAAGUAAUCACAUUUACCGUUAAGUUAAAUAAGUUGUCCUAGAC